AUGUCUGCGUUGACUCGAGUGAUUGCAAGAAUAAAUCCAAGCAAUUCGGCGUUGUUUGUAUGCGAUUUGCAGGAGAAAUUCAGGUAAACAUCGUUUUUGAAGGGAUAUCAAUUGAAAUCCUCGAAUUUUUCUAGUAAGACUAUCCAAUACUUCCCGGAAAUCGUGCAAACUUCGAGAAGACUCAUCGAUGCCGCCCGAAUUCUUGAAAUCCCCACAGUUGUCACUGAACAAUACCCGAAAGGUCUCGGACACACAGUUCCACUUCUCAAAGAGGGAUUGGCUGAAAAUGCGCAGGUCUUCGAUAAAAUGAAGUUUUCCAUGUGUUUGCCACCAGCUGAUGGAGUUUUGAAGAAUGUGAAAAAUGUGAUUUUGGUUGGAAUUGAGGCACAUGUUUGUGUCUUGCAAACAACGUAGGUUUUUUUGAGUUGGAAUUAAAUUUCUAUAGAGAAAAAUUGAUUUAGCUACGAUCUUUUGGAACGUGGUCACAAUGUUCAUGUGGUGGUUGAUGCUGUUAGCAGCCGUUCUCACACUGAUCGCCAUUUCGCUUUUAAACAAAUGGAACAAGCUGGCGCAAUUCUAACAACUUCCGAAGCCACAAUUCUUAGUUUAGUCGGAGGAUCGGAUCAUCCAAAAUUCAAAGAAGUUCAAAAAUUAAUCCUCACUUCUGCUCCAGAUACUGGUCUUGUUCAGGUUCCAACCGCUAAAUUGUAG